GGAAAAUAAAAAGUGCUCUGAAUUUUCACUAGUUUUGUUGUUUUCAAGUGAUUCCGGAAAAAUUAUGUUAAUAAAAAAGUGCAACGCAGUUGGACGAGUUGAAAAUCUAUAAAACCUGUUAAUCGGUUGUUAUGGUGACCAGUUGAACGUCGUUAAAAGCUGUUAUUUAGGAAGGUUAUGUUACGUGUGUUGAGUUUGCAGGAUUAAACAAGUUAUAAACAAGUGAGUAAAGUUGAAGAAAAUGUUUAGCAAGAAGAAAAAGAAGCCCCAAAUAUCCACGCCGACGAAUUUCGAGCACAGAGUCCACACAGGUUUCGAUAAACGCGAGGGAAAAUACGUGGGGCUUCCUCUACAAUGGGCUUCAAUUGUGGGCAACAAUCAGAUUUUAAAAUCAACAAACAGACCACUACCACUUGUGGACCCCUCGGAAAUCACACCAACAGAAAUAUUAGACCUAAAAACGAUUGUACGAGGCGACCACAAAUCAGAGAACAGACUAUCGAUGCAACAACCCCCUAAAAUAAACGCAAACGGUAUUAUACUGCCAAAAACAUCGAAUGUCGCCCGCUCGAACUCCCUGCGAUCAUCCAGCCCCCCUAGGAUACGCAGAGACGUCAGAAACAACGCAAAUGUACCCCCGGCAGUCCCUGAAGAGCAAAUUAUGCAGUACCCCAGCAUGCGCAGGGAUCCCAGCAUAAGCAAACCUCAAGUUCGCGAUCAAAGCCCAGUUAGCAACAACGGAAAUAUACCAAUGAAUGAGGUGUAUCUCCCACAAGUAUCACCAGUCGAAUCUAUGGCUUCUCAAGGGCCCCCGGUUAAUUUGGGGUUAGGUUCGCACCAAAGUUAUCCUCCGAGGCCGGAUCAGAAUCAGAACGUCAAAAAUGGUAUGCCACUGCCUAAUAACCAUGUUGCCAGUGCUGCAGCGGGGCAAACUGCGACAAAUAAACACCAUGAGCAGAGGCUCACACACGAGCAGUUCAGAGCCGCGCUGCAGAUGGUGGUGUCGUCCAAAGACCGGCGCGAGAACCUGGAACGUUUCGUGAAAAUCGGGGAAGGUUCCACCGGCACGGUGUGCAUAGCGCAGGACAGGAAUACAGGGCGGCAGGUGGCCGUGAAAAAAAUGGACCUCAGGAAGCAGCAGAGGCGCGAACUUCUGUUCAACGAGGUGGUCAUCAUGCGGGACUACCAUCACGCCAACAUCGUGGAGAUGUUCGACAGCUAUCUGGUGAACGACGAGUUGUGGGUUGUUAUGGAGUUUUUGGAAGGUGGCGCUCUGACAGACAUAGUAACGCACUCCAGAAUGGACGAAGAACAGAUUGCCACUGUGUGCAAGCAGUGCCUUAAAGCUUUAACCUACUUACAUUCGCAAGGUGUAAUCCACAGAGACAUAAAGUCCGAUUCCAUACUUCUGGCGCUAGAUGGCAGAGUCAAACUAUCUGACUUCGGGUUCUGCGCCCAAGUUUCUCAAGAGCUUCCGAAACGUAAAUCUUUGGUGGGUACGCCGUACUGGAUGAGUCCGGAAGUGAUAUCGCGGCUUCCGUACGGACCGGAAGUGGACAUUUGGUCGCUCGGCAUCAUGGUGAUAGAAAUGGUGGACGGGGAACCACCGUUUUUCAACGAGCCGCCGCUGCAGGCGAUGAGAAGGAUCAGGGAAAUGCCCGCUCCAAAACUCAAAAAUGGACAUAAGGUUUCGCCAAGGCUACAGUCAUUCUUGGACAGAAUGUUGGUGAGAGACCCCGCUCAAAGGGCGACCGCUCAAGAGUUGCUCGCGCAUCCGUUUUUGAGGCAGGCGGGGCCCCCUGCCCUUUUGGUGCCCCUAAUGAGGGGCAUCAAACACGCAAACUACUAACUAAGCAAAGGAAACAGUAAGUACUCGUUUAAACUCGAAAAGAAUCUCCGAAAUGCCUUAAUAAUGAUAAACUCUAAUUUAAAGAGUUCCGGUGAAUUUUUGGGACUGAAGUAUUAUUAAAUAUUUAUUUUUAAUGACGGUUUUUCUAUUUUUAUGGGAACAAAAGUGCGUUUUUAUUUUGUGAUACCUUUUUACAGUACUUACAAACGAAGGAAAUGUUGAUAUUGUAAUUAACGAUUUAAAAGUUAUUUUUUUCUUUUAGUUUUAUACCAAAUAUGUAUUUAUGUUAUUAUUACUUUAUUUACUAAAUGAAAUUACGUUAACAAAAACUUUUUUUUAUAUAAUCAGUAUAAUUUCACUUGGUAACUUAAUUUAUAGCUUAUAAGGGCAGCAUU